AUGGAGGCAGAGGUUGAUAAGCUGGAGCUGAUGUUCCAGAAAGCUGAUUCUGAUUUGGAUUACAUUCAAUAUAGGCUAGAAUAUGAAAUCAAGACUAAUAAACCAGAUUCAUCAGGAGAGAAAAAUGAAGUUGCACUUUUAAAGGAAUUAUCAGCAAUAAAGUAUCGAUAUGAAGCUUUGUGUGCAUGCUUUAAGCCACUUUCUAUUGAGCAAAAAGAGAACAACAGCUGCAGUUGUGCUACUCUGAGCAAGACAAUGACCAUGAUUCAAGAACUACAAAAACAGACAGGCCUGGAGCUAAUUCUACUGACUGAAGAAGAGAAAGCGGUGACAGAGCAGUUAAAAUCUCACAUGCCGGACUUAUAAAGACAUGGAAUUUUAAAAGGGAACUCUA